AUGGUGAGGCUCGUGCUGCCCAACCCGGGCCUGGAGGCCCGGAUACCCUCCCUCGGCCAGCUGGAGACCAUCGAGGCGGAGGAGGCCAGCUCCAGGCCCAAGUGGGACAACAAGGCCCAGUACAUGCUCACGUGCGUGGGCUUCUGCGUGGGCCUGGGCAAUGUGUGGCGUUUCCCUUACCUGUGCCAGAGCCACGGCGGAGGCGCCUUUAUGAUUCCGUUCCUCAUCCUGCUGGUCCUGGAGGGUAUCCCCCUGCUGCACCUGGAGUUCGCCAUCGGGCAGAGGCUGCGGAAGGGGAGUGUGGGCGUCUGGAGCUCCAUCCACCCGGCCCUGAAGGGCGUCGGCAUCGCCUCCAUGUUCGUGUCCUUCAUGGUGGGCUACUACUACAACACCAUCAUCGCCUGGGUCAUGUGGUACUUCUUCAACUCCUUCCAGGACCCCCUGCCCUGGAGCGAGUGCCCACUCAACGCCAACCGGACGGGCUACGUGGACGAGUGUGCCCGCAGCUCCUCCGUGGACUAUUUCUGGUACCGGGAGACCCUCAACAUCUCCACCUCCAUCAGCGACUCCGGCUCCAUCCAGUGGUGGGUCCUGCUCUGCCUGACCUGCGCCUGGAGCGUCCUCUAUGUCUGCACCAUCCGCGGGAUUGAGACCACCGGGAAGGCCGUGUACAUCACCUCUACGCUGCCCUACGUCGUCCUAACCAUCUUCCUCAUCCGUGGCCUGACGCUGAAGGGAGCCACCAACGGCAUCGUGUUCCUCUUCACGCCCAACGUCACGGAGCUGGCCAACCCGGUCACCUGGCUGGAUGCGGGGGCUCAGGUCUUCUACUCCUUCUCACUGGCCUUUGGGGGCCUCAUCUCCUUCUCCAGCUACAACUCUGUGCACAACAACUGCGAGCUGGACGCUGUGAUCGUGUCGGUCAUCAACGGCUUCACGUCCGUGUACGCGGCCACCGUGGUCUACUCCAUCAUCGGCUUCCGUGCCACGGAGCGCUUUGACGACUGUUUCAACACGAACAUCCUGACGCUCAUGAAUGGGUUCGACCUGCCCGAGGGCAACGUGACGCAGGAGAACUUCGAGGAGAUGAAGCUUUGGUGCAACAGCUCAGAUCCCGAGGCCUUCGCAAGGCUGCGCUUCCAGACCUGUGACAUGAACAGCUUCCUCUCAGAGGGCGUGGAGGGCACCGGGCUGGCCUUCAUCGUCUUCACGGAGGCCAUCACCAAGAUGCCCUUGUCCCCGCUGUGGUCCGUGCUGUUCUUCAUCAUGCUGUUCUGCCUGGGCCUGUCGUCCAUGUUCGGGAACAUGGAGGGCGUGGUCGUGCCCCUGCAGGACCUCAGGAUCAUCCCGAAGAAGUGGCCCAAGGAGCUGCUCACGGGCCUCAUCUGCCUGGGGACGUACCUGCUGGCCUUCAUCUUCACGCUGAACUCCGGCCAGUACUGGCUCUCCCUGCUGGACGGCUACGCAGGCUCCAUCCCCCUGCUCGUCAUCGCCUUCUGCGAGAUGUUCGCCGUCGUGUACGUGUACGGCGUGGACAGGUUUAACAGGGACAUCGAGUUCAUGAUCGGCCACAAGCCCAACAUCUUCUGGCAAGUCACGUGGAGAGUGGCCAGCCCGCUGCUCAUGCUGGUCAUCUUCCUGUUCUUCCUCGUGGUCAAGGUCAACGAGGAGCUGGUCUACAGCGUCUGGGACCCUGCCUACGAGGAAUUUCCCAAAUCCCAGAAGGUCACAUACCCGGGCUGGGUGUACGCUGUGGUCGUCAUCGUGGCUGGGGUGCCCUGCCUGGUCAUCCCUGGCUUUGCCAUCUACAGGCUGCUCCGGGACCGCUGCCAGAGGCCAGGGGACCGCCAGGGGCUGGUCAGUGGACUGUCCACGGCCUCUAUCAAUGGGGACCUGAAGUCCUGAGUGGCCCAGCCUGGCGUGUGCGGCCGUUGGUGUUGGGGAGGUUCCAGGCCACACACUGCAGGAUCGCACACGUGUGAGUGUGCACAAGUGUGUGUGUGUGUGUGAGUGUGCUCGUGCUGCACAGGUAUGUGGGGGUGUGCGUGUGUGCGUUUGCAGAAGUUCGUGUACACGUGUGAGAGUGUGACAUGUAGACUGUGCAUGGGGGGCUGUAGGGAAGCAUGUGUGAUGCGUGUGUGUGCACAUGUGUUUGAGGACGUGGUGGGCGUGUGCAUACAUGUGCUGUGUGCGUGACUGUGGUAUGUGGGUGUGUUGUAUAAACGCGUUUGUGCACACACGGCCAUGUGUGCGUGUGUGCGUGUACACACACACACACACCUGCUGCACACACACACACACACACAUGCUGCACAACCCCAGGGCCCUCGCACCUGCUUUGUCACGGGUGUGGUGGGGCAGGUGCCGCUGCCGGGUCCCGCCACAUCGGCGCCGAGGGAGAGUCCCGGCUGGGGCGCCGUGGGGAGGCUGUGCCUGCUGAGCGGCCGGCAGGAAAUGGAGCAGGUGCUCCCUCGGCCGCUCAGCUCCAGUCCUAUCGACCCUGGACCCAGGAGCUCACAGCGAGGUUGGGGUACUGGUCCCCCGCGAUGAGAAUGGCCCUUCUCGAGCCCCUAGCUGUGAGCUCCAGAAGACUCCGCCGAGUCCCUCGGAGGUCUGGCCGCCCGCCCGCCGGCCUUGGCAGGAUACGGGCUCCGAGACCGCCGACCCCAUUAAUCACUGCUCCUGGCGGCCGCGGAUGGGUGAGCGCUCAACAAAACUCAACUUGGCCUAAGUGAAGGCGGAAACCAGCCUUUGAGUUUUCGUAAGAGGGCAUAUUCCCUGCAUGAAUUUUUAGCUAGGUGCUAGAAAAGGCGAGUUACAGGGUAACUGGGCCAUAGCCACCAAGGUCAAGGACCGUCCGUGUGUCCCGAACUCAGCAGGGACCGGGAAGCCCACGUCCUCGGCGUCCCUCGGUGAAGCUGGUGCUGGCUCUCCCCUCCCCGUCAUGGGAAGGGUUGUUUUCUGGGAUUCGACAGCCUGUCUCAGCCAAAGUCACUGGGCACCUAGGGUGGCCGUGUUAAUGAGCUCACCUCCACUCUCCUUGGAAAAAUCUCAGUUUAUGUAGCUGGGUUUUCUGAUCAUCCACUGGGCCGGGGUGGGGGCCUGGGUGGAGCAUGGAUCCCCAAGCCAUGUCCCCCCUACUCGGUUGCCCCAGGGCCCUGUCCCUGUCCCCCUGCCUCCCGCUCCUCGGUGACACACAGUUCAGCCCUGCAGCCCCGCUGUGAACCUCCAAACACCGGCGUCUGCUGUCCUCUUAUGCUGCUGGUCGCCUGGCUGCCUACAGAAUCCUCAGGGGCUAACGGCCCGCCGUGCAGGGUCCCCCGUCCCGCCACACUCCAGCCUCCGCCUUCUCCCAAAGCCCCCCCAGCGGAGAGACCAGCAAGCAGCCCCCCAGGGGUACACCACCCGCCCAGGGCGCGUGAGGAGGAGACGGGCGGGGGUGGCCCCGGGUGCCCAUCCAGUCAUUCUGUCCCCCGAAGAGCACCUUGUUUUGCAGAUCUGGCGUAUUUGCAAGUUGUUGGAAAUGUGGGAUUUGUGGGCAUAACAUGCACCGGUCUAAGUAAAUCACUAUUUCAUAGUCUCAGCCUAA